UUCAUUCUUUACCCACGGAUCCAUUAAUCAGGAAAUGAGAGAAAUGUGCAAACCCUAAUUCCCGAACAUGACGCCGAACCAUCUGAGAUCCGUCACGGCGCAGGUAACUCGCGGAGGGAGUUCCGUGGUGUCUCGCCGCAGCUUAUCUACGGGAUCUCGCCGCAAAUUAUCUUCCUCCCCUAUUGUCUAUGUGAGGAAGGUAGAGAGGUUCAUAGCUCGGUCAGUCCAUGUAAAGGGAGAUACUGUAUCGGAACUUGAGGAGAUGCGGAAAAAGGAUAUUAAGGACGCUUUGGGGUGGAUCCCUCGGGAACUGGAGGAGGAUCUAAGGGAAAAGAUGUGGCCUGAACUAAGGGAGAUGAAAAGGAUGUGGUCUGAUGCAAAGGAGACUAUGUUUCCUGUACGAAAAUCCUAGAAGCUUUGUGUCCAGUGAAAAAAAAUUGCUUUUUCUUUUGUUCGAGUGUAAUGAUUUUUUUUUUAUUGUAAUAUCAAAAGUAUAUAUGAACGAACAUGAAUCCUGUGAUGGACCACUUUAUAUAUCCAGUUUAAUGAAAUGAUGCAUGCAUAAUAAUAAUUCAUUUAAAGUG